AUGGCGCACGUCGGCCCCGUGCACCGCCGCCAGGGCGUCUACUCCGAGCAGCACUGGGCGCCCAGCAACUACGCGCUCCUCCGCACGCACUUCGCCUACCUCGUGCAGGACGUGCUCGUCGAGGGCACGCUCGUCGAGACGUACCAGGCGCGGCGCGACGUCGACGGCCGCGCGGCGCACUACGUGUUCCAAGUCCCGCCGGGGGCGUCCGUCGUCGACUUUGGCGCCCGAAUCGACGGCCGCGCGCGCGUCCACGCCCGGGUCGACGACACGCGCAGCAGCAGCCCGGACCAAGCGCCGAGCACGGCCGGUGUGCAGGCGUGGAAGCUGGAUCCGAAGCAGCUUUCUUUGCUAAAACCCUGCAAUGGUGAAAAAGUGCUCCAAAUUAGCUUGGGUGCCGUCCCGCCCAGCUCGGUGAUUGAAAUCAGGCAAGAGGACUGGGAUGACUGUAUGGCGAAAUCACAGAAUACUGACACGGCGGGGGGAAAUAGCGUGACGUAUGUGUACGUGAUUGCGAGGGACACGCUGCAAGACUCGGCCCGGCUCAGCAUACCGACAGGCUUCGAGCGCGACGGCGCCUCUCCGAUGGGCGUCGCCGCGAUACCGACUGCCCCGACGGGCCCAAACGCAGUCGCCAUAACCGUCGGCGUCGAGGUCCACGAGGACGACGUGCUGUUCGACCUCAACAGCACGUCGCACCGUGCCACCAUCACCGGCGGCUGGUCCGACGACUCCUUCAAGCCGCUCAGUGCGGCGGCGAAGCGCGCGACGUACAGGAAGUGCAAGUCGUACGUCGAGUUCGUCAGCGACACCUUUCUCCAGCACGACUUUGUCCUCGUGUGGACCGUAUCGACCUCGGACCGGCCCCGCUGCGUCGCCCAGAAACUCGCCGCCCCCGUGCCAGGGCAGCCCGAGACGUGUGCCGUUGCGCUGACGCUCGUUUCCACCGUCGACCUGGAGCCUGCAGAACACGAAUACAUCUUCCUCGUCGACUGCAGUCACAGCAUGGCCGGUCCGCGCAUCACAAUGGCAAACCACGUCGUCAAGACCAUGCUAGCCCAUCUGCCCACCCACCCCAAGUCCUCCUUCAACAUUCACAGCUUCGGCCGCUGGGCAUGGUCCAUCCUGCCCGGCGGCAAGAGCCUCGCCCUGGACGCCCCCAACGUCGCAGCCACCGUGCCGAAGCUCGCCACCACCACCACCACCACGGCCGACGGCAGCGACAUCAGCAACGCCCUGACGGCGGCGCUCAGCCGGCGCCAGCCCGACAAGCCGCGCUGCUCCGUCAUUGUCCUCACCGACGGGGUGAACGUGAGCGGCGUCGCGCAGGCCGUCAAGAGCGUGCGCACAAAGACAACUGAGGCGGCCGCGCAGUCUACGCUGCUGCGCGUCUUCGCCGUUGGCCUCGGCGACGACGCCCGCGGCUUGUGCGAGGGCCUGGCAGGCGCCGGCACCGGCGCGACCCGCUACAUCGCUACAUCGCUUCUGCACGACGGCGACUACGGACGGCGGCAGUCGGCGGCGCUCGUCGAGGCGAUGAACCGCGCGCCGAUCCGCGUGCGGUCGAUCGACUGGGGUUACGGCGGCGGCGUGGCGGUGCACGACCAUCGCAAGCAGCAGGCGCCGCUGCCGACGGACUGGGCGGUGCGCAGCUGCUGGUACUUCAUCCUCCGGCGCGGAGGCACCGCCGCCGCCCUGACGGCCACGAUCCACUACGACGUUGCCGGCAGCGCCGCGUCGGCGCGGACGAUGCAGGUGCCGGCCGCGUUUGCCACCGCGGGGCGUCUUGUGCACGCUAUCGCCGCCCGCACCCUCAUCAAGGGGCUGGAGCAGACGAUGACGACCCUCGCGGACGCGCACGACAAGGACCGCGCCGAGGCGGAAAUUGUGCGGCUCGGCAGGACGUACGGCCUCGCGAGCUCGCAGACGUGCCUUGUCGCCGUGGUGGACGGAGCGGCCAGAAUGACCUAUGGCGCAGGCGGCGGCGGGCAUGGCGGGAGGAGCGUCCUGUCCGGUGUGCCGCUCGGGAGUGGCUUUCGCGCCAGCUUUGUCAAUUUGGGACCGGCCGCUUCGCAGACUGUCGCAGCGGCAUCAACGAGCGCUCCAGACGUGCAGGUGGCGGUCGCCAGGCCAAAGCCGCCGCCGCCAGCGAACGUCCUCGUUGCAUCGGAAGCUCACACGGACAAGGCAGCCGGCACUUCCAAGACGACGAUGACAGCCUCGCCAGCGUGCACGUUCCAGGUUGCUUUUGCGACGCAGACGCUGCCUCAGGGCCAGUUGUUCCUGACGCGCGACGUCGUGGCGCAAGGCUGCGAUGCUCCUGUGCCGGAGACGGCUUGCCGGGACGAGGUGGCGCGCGUGAUUGGCGCGCAGGACGGCAACGGCGCGUUUGACGCGCGCGUCGUGGGGCGCAUCCUGUUUCCGGACACGGGAUGCAUCCCGGCGGUGCCGGCGGUCAUCGCGGCGCUGCGCGGGCGCGAGCGCGACAAGGACCAGAUGUGGCUGGUGCUGUGCGUCAUGGCGUACUUGCGCGCGAGGGCGCCGGGUCGUGAGCGCGAAUGGGCCGACGCGCACGAUAGGGCAACGUACUUUGUCAAGACGAGCCUGUGUUGCGUGUUUGACGUCUUCCCGGGCCGGUCGGAGGAGGUCAUGAGGAAGUCGCUGGCGGCGGCGGAGGGGUGUUUUUGUUGA